GCCGCGUGGGGCUUCUCCGUCGCGGCACCCGGCUCCGGCGCCGCGCCGACGACGAGGACCGCAUCAGCGCCCUUCCCGACGACCUCCUGCUCCAGAUCCUCUCCCGUCUCGGCUGCGCCUGCGCCGCCGCCAACACGAGCCUCCUCUCUCGCCGGUGGCGCGGCCUCUGGACCCGCUCCCCCGAGCUCACCUUCCACAUGAUCACGCCUGACCAGCUCCACGCGGCGCUCGGCCGGAUCGUCCGCCCGGCGGGCUCUCUCCGCAUCUUUCUCCCCGGCCACCACAUGCUCUCCCCGGCGAUGCAGAUGCCGUCGAGCCUCCCUGCUUCGACCGCACCGCCUCGUUAAGACUGCAUUUUGCUCCACGCUUGAGGCUGGGUGACCUGCUGCCUCGUUGCCCCUGCCUGCGCAAGCUUCGUCUUUCCAAUUGGCUGUUCGACUCUGUCACAAUCCACUCGCCGUCACUGCAGGAGCUAGAUGUCUUUGCCCUUGUGCAGCUUCAGCGUGUCGACAUCAUGGCCCCUAUGCUUAAGAAACUGAAGUUUACCGCCAUUAACGGUACCAAAAAUGCAUUCAGCUUAUCACUGUCAGCACCACUGGUGGAUGAUCUCUCAUGGCGGUGCCAUGCUCGGUCCACAAGUGAUAGGUUUGGUGUCUUAUGGCGCAUGUGGAACCUGAAAUCAAAGACGCCAGAGCACCUUGAAUACACACUGGUCACCAACAGCAGGGAAAAUACACGUUUGCAGCCACAGCACCACUCUCAUGGCGACAUCCUCUUGCUGGACAUAGGGGCUACUGAUAAUUUGGGUAAUGUUGCCUGGACCUUUGAGCGAGAGAUUUCCCGAAUUCCAGUGAGAAACCUCUCUGUUUUAGAGCUGAAAAUUGCAACAAGAGGGCAUUUUUAUGGAGCAAUGGUGCUGGAUCUACUUCGACUUUGCACCUCUAUACAAAAACUUAAGGUGGAAUUAAAUCGACAUGAGGAGAGAAAAGAAUGCUCCGUAAAUGGUCAUUGUGAUCAGCCUAACAACUGGAAAGAUCAAAUUAUAUCCCUGACUGGUCUUACAGAAGUAGAAAUUGAUGGCUGCAAAGGAGAAGAGCACGAGAUUGGUUUACUGAAAGUAUUGUUGACAUGUGCUGAAAUGCUUGAAAGAGUGACCAUCAACUUGUCUAUAAAUGUCCCACGAAGUUGCUGCAUACUUGGAACUCCCUAGCAUUUAAAAGGCACAUCUUUCAGUGAAAUUCAAUAUUUAUCGCUGGUGUGGUGAGCAGGUCUUGUUUGAAUGAUUAGAGUGCUCCUAAAUGUAACAAAGUAUGCUUAAUCUCGUUGUAACUGUAAUAUGUGCUUUUAUUGUAGUUUGAUGUUUACCCUGUAUGUUCCUGCCUGAAUUAGAUUCGUAUUAGCUCUAUGAGUGUUGUGUGUACUGAUUUCAUAGUAUAGUGAUAGCUGUUUUUCAUGAUA